AUGGGGGUUAAGCCUAUCGGUCAGGGACAGACUCUUUACGGUGCUGCGGGCACGUCGGGCUCUCAGACCCCGAUGGCUCCUUUAGAGGCACCUACCUCGGCUGCACUCGUUAUACCCACUCCUACAGUAUUUACGGUACCACCAGCGGUACCACCGACAUACCCGACACCGCCACCACCAGUGCCUACGACGUACCAGGUACCACCACCACCAGUGCCUACGGUGUACCAGGCACCACCGCCACCAGUGCCUACUGCACACCUGGCACCAGCACCAACAGCAGCAGUUGCUCCACAUGCGGUACCCCCACCUACCGUACCUCCAGCCGCACCCACCUAUGCUGACCCUGUAGUGCCACCAAUGGUACCUGCCCCAGCCUAUGCAGCAGCACCCGGGAUACCUCCCCCGGCCUAUCCAGCGGUACCACUUGUAGUACCAGCUCCAAUGGUUCCACCAGUUCCUGUAGCUGCCCCUACUCAUCACACUGAUAUAGUUGCGGCAUGA